AUGGCAGUUGCAAAGCCUUACUUCCUGACCGUGCUCAUUCUGCUGCUCCUGGUUGACAAGACAGCAGGUGACCUGUUUGGAUUCCGCAGUAGCAAGAGACAAGUACCUUGGAUUCCAUGUGAGCUUCACAGGGGGAUAUGCAGAAAUGCCUGCCAGAAGUUCGAGAUCCAACACUUAACCUGCCCAAAGAAGAGAAAGUGCUGCCUCAAAUAUCCUAUGAAAAUCACCAGUUUCUAA